AUGGUCCUUCCAUAUAAGGACAGCCCCGAGGAGGGCAUCUGUGCCAUUUGCCAGGAUCUCCUGAAGGAGGCAGUGAGCACAGACUGUGGACACCUCUUCUGUCGUGCGUGCCUGGCCCAGCAUGUGGAGAAGGCUUCUGGGGACCUCUGCUGCCCCCUUUGCCGGAAGCCCUGUUCUGAGGGGGUACUGGGAGAAGGCUACCUCUGUCACAGUCACCAGAAGAGGGUGUGCAGGUUCUGUGAAGAGCACAAACUCCUUCUGUGUGUUGAAUGUCUGGAGUCCCCUGAACACCAGCCUCAUCCAGAGCCGACCAUCAAGGAAGCCAUCAGCCACUACAGGGAACGACUCAGCCGCCGCAGCAGGAAGCUCAAGAAGGACCUGGCAGAGCUGCAGCGGCUCCAGGCACAGCAGGAGGAGAAGCCACAGGCCCUGCGGCUGUGUGCCCUUCCCUGGCAGGGCCCAGAUCAGCUGGAGGCUGCAUCUGCGGAGAGGGCUGGAACGCUCAGCCUCUGGGAGGCGAUAGCACAGCUCAGCAACCUGGUGGCUGAUCUGGAGAGGACAGCCAAGGAGCUGGAUGCCACCACCCUGAAGAAUGCCAGUGAUGUACUGAGCAGGAGUGCUCCACAGAACUUAGAUGGCCUCUUCCCUCUCCUUCCUCCAACUGGCCCGGCUCCCCGUUAG